AUGUUAACAGGAAAUUCAAAAAAUUUCUCAAAUAUUGGUGAAACUUCAUCAUCACCCGAAAUAAAGGAUGAAUAUUUAUUUGUUAAAAAAGAAUAUUCCUCUCCUUCAGAGGGUAGGACAAGUUCUGCAGAUAGCGGUCUUGACAUCAAAAAUGAAAAUGAUCCUGGCUUAGGGGAUUUAAAAGAAAAUCCUAUUCCACAAAUAUCAACACAAAUAGAAGUAAUUCCGUGCAAAGUUUGCGGUGAUAAAUCAUCUGGCGUUCAUUAUGGAAUAAUAACUUGUGAAGGUUGUAAAGGAUUCUUUCGUCGAUCACAGUCAAAUAUUGUUAAUUAUCAAUGUCCUAGGCAGAAAAAUUGUACCGUAGAUCGUGUGAAUAGGAAUCGUUGCCAGUAUUGUAGACUUAAGAAAUGUCUUGAACUUGGUAUGAGUAGAGAUGCAGUUAAAUUUGGGAGAAUGUCAAAGAAACAAAGAGAGAAGGUGGAGGAUGAGGUAAGAAUGCAUAAACAAUUAGCAGAAGUUCAUGGAAUCUCACCAUAUUCAUCAUUUAUGGAAUACUCACCACCAAAUACACAUCAAAAUAUUUCACAACAAGGACCACCACAGAUAAUGUAUUCACAUCAUCCACAACCUCCAUCAGUAACAUCACAUAAUCAAAGUGGUAUACCACAUUAUGAUAUGUAUGGUGGUACUACAACGGGUCCAAUGCCUAUAUCAUCAACUACAUCAGCAGCAUCAACUCCAUCCGGUGGUACAGGUGGACAUCCACAACCUCAAUAUAUACCUAAUGGUGGUGGUACUGUAACAAUAAGUGUUUAUAAUCAACAUCAAAUGGCAGCAGCACCAAUAUCAUAUCCAACAGGACAAGGUGCUGAUUAUGUAUUAGUUCCCCAACAAGCAGCAGUACCAUCUUCUAAUGGUGGAUAUCCAGAUACUCCAUCACAUCCAAUGAUGACAACAAUAGGUGGUUGUAUGACAACCCCAACUUCAAUUGAUGAAGAUUUGAUAAAAAAUUUAACAAUGGCAUAUGAAAAUGGACAUGCAACAUUUCUAAGAAGUAAAGAUAGAGCUCUCCAACAAAUUGAUGGUCAUAUGGAACAAAUGCUUAUGAAUAUGAAUACUGUUGAAGGAUGGGUGAGAUAUUCAGAAGAGAUAACAAAAAUAAUACAAUGUAUAAUAGAAUUUGCCAAAUUAGUAGAAGGAUUUAUGAGGCUUGAUCAGGAAGAGCAAAUAAUGUUACUAAAACAUGGUGUCUUUGAGUUAUCAGCUAUAGCAAUGUCCCAAUACUAUAGUAUUGAUACUCAUACAUUAACAUUAGUUGAUAUGAUAAUACCAUCACAUAUAUUUACAUGUACAAACCCAUCAGAGCUCAAAUUUAUUCAAGAUCUCCAUAGUGUUAUCCAUCAACUGGCAACAUUUGGCCUUAAUACAUCGGAGUUAGCUUUAUUCUCUGCAUGGGUGUUACUAGAAAAUACACAUAAAGAACAUAUAUAUGUUGAAAGGAUUCGAUCAACAUUAGCUGGAAUGUUAGCUCCAAGAUUUGGUGGUGAUGGUAUGGGCACAAUAGAUAGAUUAAUAGGAAUUCUUCCACAAUUAAGAAAUUUGGCUCAUAAUCAUAUAGUUCUUUUAAAUAACUUUAGAAAUUCUUAUCCUGAAGCUAAUAAUCAAUUACCAGCAUUAUAUAAAGAGUUAUUCUCUGUAGAUCAAUGA